GACGAACCCGGCGCGUCCCUAAACUCUCUGGCAUCGUCUCAGACAUGUGCGUUCGCGGCAGCGACGUCGUCGUCAUUCAAUCAGGUAAGCGCCCUGGCGAGCCCUCCGUCAUCACCGUCAAUUGUCCGGAUAAGCCCGGCCUCGGCUGCGAUCUCUGCAGUAUCAUACUAGAGUUCGGUCUGUGUAUCACCCACGGAGACUGCUCGACAGACGGAAAAUGGUGUUACGUUAUAUUCUCGGUGGUGCCGAAUUCGAGCUCGCAGAAAGUGGAUUGGGAAAGCUUGAAAAAUAGGUUGUUUUCUGUGUGCCCUUCAUGUCUGGGUUCGUAUUACUUCGACCAGAAACCCGCCGCCGCCUCUCCUUCGAUCUAUCUGUUAAAGCUCUGUUGCCUGGACCGGAAGGGUUUGCUACACGAUGUAACUAAAUCACUUUCUGAGCUCGAGUUUACGAUCCAAAGAGUAAAAGUGAUGACCGCCCCAGAUGGCAGAGUUUUGGACUUGAUCUUCAUCACAGAUGGAAUGGAGCUUCUACAUACAAAACAGAGGCGAAACGAUACAACUGAACAUCUGAUAUCCACUUUAGGCGAGUACUAUUUAAGCUGUGAACUUCAGUUGGCUGGGCCAGAAUAUGAAAAUCUUAAGGGGUUCUCUUCUCUCCCUCCGGAAGUUGCUGAAGAAUUAUUUAGCUCUGAGCUCUCUGAGAAGAAAGCCUGCUCACAAGGACUCAUGGUUGAUCUGGCUGCAUCCAAGAAGGCUAGUGUUAUUGUGGAUAAUCUCUUGAGUCCAGCUCAUACAUUGCUUCAAAUACAGUGUCUCGAUCAGAAAUGCCUCUUUUAUGACAUUUUAAGGACUUCAAAGGACUUAAAUAUUCAGAUUGCUUACGGUAGAUUCUAUCCAAGCAUUAAUGGCUAUCGUAACAUGGAUCUUUUCAUUCGGCAAGCAGAUGGGAAAAAGAUUGUGGAUCCUGAACAUCUGAUUGAUUUGUGUUCCCGUUUAAAGGAGGAGAUGGUUCACCCUUUACGAGUAAUUGUUGUCAACCGAGGCCCAGAUACUGAACUCUUGGUUGCUAAUCCUGUUGAGUUAUGUGGAAAGGGAAGACCCCGAGUUUUCUACGACGUUACAUUGGCUCUUAAAAUGCUACAAAUAUGUAUUUUCUCGGCUGAGAUUGGAAGGCACUCAACUUUAGAUCGCGAAUGGGAAGUCUACAGAUUUCUUCUGAGCGAAACCUGCGAAUUUCCAUUGGCAAGCAAUAGAGCUAGAAGUCAGAUUGUGGACAGAGUGAGAAGAACAUUAUUGGAAAGGUGAAUUUAAUCUGUUUGUCGAACUUACUCUGAGAAAUGGUCUUGCCCUCGUCAAGAUUGCCACUCAAAAUGGUCCUUAUUCAACAUCCACUACAGUAUCCAAGUUUGCUGAUGUGCACAGUAGGAAGUCUUGGAUAAAAGAGGUGGAGGUUAUGUGACUUGUGAAGAUUGUAGUAUAAGCCACUUUAGCUCUUAUGUUCUUCACUAUAACAUGAAAGUUACCUCCUUAGCAUGUUUAGUACACAAGUAGUUUCAUGCGUACAAUGUAUGCUCUUGAUGGUUCUGAAACAGAUGCUUCUGGGGUGUCAAUGCAUCUUCACUAUCCAUUGGCAAUGCAGUGCCUUUUUAAUGCAGAAAGUGGUUUGUCAAGAAAUCAGAAAUAAGGUU